AUGUACCCCCCUCUGGCUGUCCUGGAGGGUGAGGAGGUGGGAGCGACCUCCCGCCAGAGACAGGCGAAUCCCAGGAAAUCCAGGGGCCAGAAUAAGAAGGCAGCUACCAAGACGAGGGUGGCAGACGGCACGACGCAGGCCGUGGUCCCGGCCGAGAAGGCCGAGGUCGUGUUGGUGGCCAAGGCCAUGCACCGUGACCAGUUCAGCAAGCACGUGGAGGAGCUCUUCCACCUGGAGAAGGAGGCGGCCCUCAAGGCCCUGCGGACAGGCCUCUACGUGAGCUGGCGCUGCCCCGAGUACCUGUGGGACUGCUUCCGCGUGGGCGACCACUCCAAGUGCUUCUGCGGGCACCUGCUGAGCGAGCACCAGGCCUACGUAGGUGUGUCGGUGCCCUGCGCCGUGGGGCGCUGCGAGUGCCAGCGCUUCACCUUCAUCCCCUCGCGGCCCGAGGACGUGGGCCAGUUCUGGCUGCGGCGCCGGGUGCCGACGGACCGCCUCGCCUGGUGCGCCGGCUGCCACUGCAAGCACAGCCACGAGAAGCACGCGCCCAGCGCCGGGCGGCCCUGCCGCGUCGCAGGCUGCCUCUGCAAGGGCUUCGAGUCCACCUUCUUGUGCGCGGCGUGCGACCGGCGCUGGGAGGAGCACGAGACUUUCUUCGAGACCACGGAGGCGCGGAAGGAGGGCGGCCGGCCCUACGGAGAAAAAUACCUGGUGUUCGCCGAGGUGCCCGAGAUGAGGAACGCCGUCCUGACGGGGAAGCCCAGCGACGACUCGGCGUACCAGGCGCUGCUGGCCGAGCUGCCCGGCCCAUCGGGCUCGCAGGCGCCACCUCUGCCCUCCCCAGAGCCCCAGAGCCCACCCGAGUAG